GGUAAUUUUCCUUCUUUUGACUGCCAAAAUUCGUUUCUUUCUCUACUGUUUCGCCGUGAAAUUCCGGCGGGAGCGGUUUCCGAUUUCAAUCUGCCGCCGUAUUUCCUUCAAUGUCGACCUCUAAAUCGGCGUUUGAUGUUCUCAUGUCCAACGCUUCCAGAAAGAAGAAACAAUUCUUCCCUCCCCACUGCCAACCCUCACCUAAAAAAAAUAAAACCCUCGUCGAAUUUUCGCAAACCCCGCAUUCGAAAGAUGUUUCUCCACAUCCAAUCGAAAAUCGCGUAGAAAAGCAGCAAACUUCCGACCAAAUUGGACAAUGCACAAAUUCGAGUGAUCCGAGUCGGGGUUUCACGGUGUCGAUUAGCCCCGACGAGAGUCUUCGGGAGUUGAAGAAAAAGGCCGAACAUUGCAGCGUGAAGAGGGCGGUUUAUUGGGGGGAGGGAGAAAGGGUGCCUUUCGUUUUUGUUGCCAAGGCGUUUGAUGCUAUAUCGAAUGAGUCGGGUCGACUUGCUAUCACCGACAUUGUGUGUAAUAUGCUGAGGGCCGUGAUCGAGACUACGCCGGACGAUCUAUUGGCCGUUGUGUAUCUAUUGGCAAAUAGGAUUGCAUCUGCGCACGAGGGUUUGGAGCUCGGUAUCGGGGAUGCUUCGAUUGUCAAAGCACUUGCCGAGGCUUGUGGGACUAACGAAGCAUAUAUUAAGAAGCAAUACAAGGAUCUUGGAGAUCUGGGUCUUGUAGCAAAAGCGAUUCGGUCAUCACAGCCUUUGAUGCGUAAACCAGAAGCAUUAACUGUUGUCAAAGUGUUUGAUACAUUUCGGCUUAUUGCUAAGGAAUCCGGUAAAUAUAGUCAAGAGAAAAAAAAGAAUCAAAUUAAGGCACUACUAGUAGCAGCUACCGAUUGUGAACCUCAAUAUUUGAUUCGUUUGCUCCAGACAAAAUUGCGUAUCGGUUUGGCAGAACAAACUCUCUUGACGGCAUUGGGGCGUGCUGCAUUAUAUUCUGAGAAACAUUCAUCUCCUCUAAAAAAUGUUGCAGAUCAUCUGGAAGAAGCUGCAAAAAUUGUCAAACAAGUGUAUUCUGUAAUUCCAGUAUAUGAUGAAAUUGUUCCUGCACUUCUUUCUGGUGGUGUGUGGAAUCUCCCAAAAACAUGUAGCUUUUCACUUGGAAUCCCGAUCGGAGCUAUGUUAGCCAAACCUAUCAAACAAGUAGCUGAUAUUAUUGACAAUUUUAAACAUAUGGAGUUCACCUGUGAAUAUAAGUAUGACGGAGAGCGUGCUCAGAUACACUAUAUGGAAAGUGGCUCAGUGGAGAUAUACAGUCGAAAUUCGGAGCGGAAUACUGGAAAGUUUCCUGAUGUUGUUGCUGCUGUCAAAAGAUUAAAAAGUCCGUGCGUAACAUCAUUUGUUCUUGACUGUGAACUUGUUGCAUAUGACCGUGAAAAACAGAAAAUCCUCCCUUUCCAGGUUCUCAGUACACGUGCUCGAAAAAAUGUUGCCGUGGAUGAAAUCAAGGUCAACGUUUGCAUAUUUGCUUUUGACAUCCUAUAUGUUAACGGCCAACAACUUCUGCAAGAGCAGCUCUGUGAUCGUAGAGAGCAUCUUUACAAGUCAUUUCAGGAAGAAAAUGGGUUUUUCCAGUUUGCCACCGCCACUGCUAUAACAUCAAAUGAUCGUGAGGAGCAAGAAAUGGAAAUACAGAAAUUUCUUGAUGCUGCUGUUAAUUCUAGCUCGGAGGGGUUGAUUAUCAAAACUUUGAACAAAGAUGCCACAUACGAGCCUUCAAAGCGGUCUCAUAACUGGCUUAAAUUGAAAAAGGAUUAUAUGGAUAGUAUUGGCGAUUCACUAGAUUUGGUUCCAAUUGCUGCAUUCCACGGCAAAGGGAAGCGCACUGGUGUCUAUGGCACCUUUCUCCUUGCUUGUUACGAUAGUGAGAAAGAAGAAUUCCAGAGCAUAUCUCAAAUCGGAACCGGUUUUUCCGAAGCUAUGCUUGAAGAACGUUCUGCCAGUCUUGGCUCUAAAGUUGUUCCCAAACCAAAGUCGUAUUACAGAUAUUCGGAUGCAAUCAGUCCAGAUGUAUGGUUUGAACCAACCGAGGUCUGGGAGGUCAAAGCUGCUGAUCUCACAGUUAGCCCUGUUCACCGUGCUGCCAUUGGUAUUGUGGAUCCUAACAAGGGAAUCUCACUUCGAUUUGCACGAUUUCUUCGUGUCCGAGAAGAUAAGAAUCCGGAGCAGGCCUCCUCGUCUGAUAUGGUUGCGGAUAUGUAUAAAGCACAGAAGCACAAUCAAAAAGACGACAACCGAAAUGAAGAUGAGGAUUAUGAUUGAGAUCAAUAAAAUAUUGUAUUAUCUGUUGUGAUAUUAAGCUCAUGAUGAAGAUUGUGUGGGUUGAUCGACUAGGUUUCGAUGUGCACAUGCAACGGUCGGUGCAAAAAGAAGUAUACGAGGUCCGAAUACCUUUCCUUAUACAAGUGACCGAUGAAAACGGUGCAAAAUCAUCUUUCGACGACAUGUCUCAACUUGCUUGGGAAGUCGAGAAGAACUUUCAUGUUGCUGAAUUCAACAAGGUGACGGAAUCUUGUUGCGUGCUUGUUCCUUGACUGGACAAGCCAACAAAUGAUGGCAAAUUAUUUGGAGUCGCAACAUCUAUUGGAGCUUUAUCAACCAAUUGCUCAGGUUGCUCUAAAAUAAGAAGGGAAAAGGAAACAUAUAAUUAUUAGUAGAACAAUUACAUGUACAGAAAAAUCAUAGCUUAUGUCCAACAGUAAGAACUCACAGUACGAGUAGACUGCUAACAUAAUGUAUCACAGUUUUAUAGGAAUUCCCUACCCAUAAUUUUUCCAUGUGACGACAUACGUUUUAUAAGAAGGAGGCUAUGUUUAGUUUU